CCCGCCCCGCCCCGCCCCGCCGGAAACGGCCCGGCCCCGCCCCGCCCGCUGCUGAGCCGAUCGAUGGCAGGCGGCGGCAGCGAUCGCCGAGCUGCUGAGCACGGGGGACGACGGUGCUGGCGGCGUUUCAAGCCAGGUGGAAUAUUGCGAUGGCAGCUCAGAUGACCGAUGCUCAUCGGCGGUUCUUGCAGGUCCUCAUGUCUCAUGGGAUAAUGGAAGGAUCAGAGGCAAGGAAAUUACACAGGCGCUGCUGUGAAAUACAUAAAGUCUACUAUGUGCAUGAUAAACUGGAUGAUUUCAUCAGUACUGUUAACCGCCAUCUACAGCCUUUGUUUAUGCAGAUCCGAAAAGGACUGUCGGAAAGUGAUGGGAGAGCACAUUAUGCUUUAGUGAAUUUGGCAGAAACCGAAAUAACUAAAAUGGCAUCUGACUAUACAGAAAAUGAAUUAGAAUUGUUCAGAAAAACAAUGGACCUAAUCAUUUCAUCAGAAAAUGGCUUUGCCUCUUCUACAGAUAUUUUAAACUUGGCUGACCAACUUAAGACAAAGAAAAUGAAGAAAAAGGAAGCAGAGCAAGUAUUGAACAUGUUUGUGGAGGAUAAGUGGCUCUCUGAGAGAAAUGGAGAAUAUACUCUGCAUACUCGCUGCAUAAUCGAGAUGGAACAAUUCAUUCUGAGCAACUACCAAGAUAUCGCAAGGAAGUGCAACAUCUGUCACAGCCUUGCCAUCCAGAGCCAAGUAUGUGAAUCCUGUGGGACUGGAAUGCAUUUACCUUGUGUCAGAAAGUACUUCAGAGCUCAGACUGAACCCCGCUGUCCGCAGUGUAAUGAUUUCUGGUCUUGUGACAUUCCAGGUACGAGUCAGAUGGACUGCCAGUCACCAUCAAAAACAGGGAAGCGGAGAAGCUUCAUUCUCAGAACUAGACAAUGUUUGUAAAAAUUGCUUUCAGUGAAAUCUCUUUUACCCCCCCCCCCCACUCCUACAGAAUAGACAGGCUGUAUUGUAUUUGUUAGUGACAGUACAUUGUUCAGUGUACUUAUUUUUUCCUGAAGUUUCAAGACUCUUACAAUAAAACUUACUGACCUUCCUGUUCUCCUUC